GUUAAUCAUCCUUGUUCCACCCCGGUGUACAUUCUAAGCACACAAAAACCCAUUUAUGUUAACACCUUCAGUGUUCUCUCACAGGCUGCUGAGCACCUUCAGUCUUUCAUCGCUGAUUGCGACCGCAGGACUGAGCUGGCCAAGAAGAGACUAGCCGAGACGCAGGAUGAGAUCAGCGCUGAAGUGGCUGCAAAGGCUGAACGUGUCCACGAGCUGAACGAAGAGAUCGGGAAGAUGUUGGCCCGGGCGGAGCAGCUCGGGAGUGAGGGGAACGUAGAUGAAGCCCAGCAACUGCUGGAAAUGGUGGAGAAGACUCGGGGCUUAAAGAAAGAAGCAGAGGAUGUGUACAGAAACUCGAUGCCAGCAUCCAGCUUUCAACAACAAAAACUAAGGGUGUGCGAGGUGUGCUCUGCCUACUUGGGUCUUCAUGACAACGAUCGUCGUCUAGCUGACCACUUUGGGGGCAAACUGCACCUCGGCUUCAUUGAAAUCCGCGAGAAGCUUGAAAAGCUUAGGAAAGCAGUUAUAGAGAAACAAGAAAGAAUGCGAAUGAGAAGACGAGAGGAACGGGAAAGAGAAGACGAAAGGGAGCGGCAAUGGGAGUUGGAGCGGGAACGGGAAAGAGAGCGGGAACGAGAACGGGAAAGAGAGCGAGAAUGGGAGAGAGAAAGAGAAAGGGAAAGGGAGCGCAGAAGGUCGAGAUCCAGAAGUGGAGAUCGAUAUACAAGGGACGGAGGCACUUCAUCCUCCCAUCGUUCAAGACGCCACCGCUCCUCUCGUUCCAGAGAAGAAGGCGGAGAUCGGGAUCGGGAGAGAGAGAGGAAACAUCGACACAAGGACAGGCAUCGCUCACGCUCCCACUCUCACAGGCGCAAAAGAAAGAGGUCCUCUAGAGACAGAUCAUCUCACACCCGUGACAAAGAGCCCUCACCAUCCCAGGAGAGGUGUGGAGAGGGAUGGCGCGAGGACAAGGCGGAGUGCGGAGACUGGGAGGACAAGGAGAGGUCUCCCUCUUCAAACACAGCCAAGGGAAGGGAACGAGAGAGAUCCCUGUCGUACGAGCGGGACAGACGCUCCAGCUCUGAGGAGCGAGAGUCUGGGGAGAUAUGAACAGGAGUGGACACCUCCCAAAGUCUUUGAUUUGGAUAUAUUAAUUAGAGAAAGGAGCAUGGAGAGAUGAGUGUGCUGGUGCGAAUGUGUGUGUGUCGGCUUUGUAUGUUUGUCCAUGUUAGAAGUGGGAGAUGUACAUUAGCAGGGGAUGGAUGCUGGAAACUUUAGGUGGGGAUGAGGGAACAACUUCUGUGGUGGCGGUCAAGCAAAACAUGCAAAACCAACUUUUAUAAGACUCUGAAUUGUGAGGCUAGUCUGACCUGGAAGCAGUACAGUCAUUUUUUAUGUCAUCUUGUCGAUCUUAUGUACAGUUAUUUUGACAGUGAUGAGUGAGUGAAGAGACAGCAGCCCUACUUUGAGUCUGUUUGUAUUUUACUCACAUGAAGUGCUUUUAUUUUUUUAUUAUUAGUUGGACCUUCUGUGUUGAUACGGUUCUUCCUGUUCCAUUAGGAAUCAAUCAGUUUCAGCAGUUAUGGAUUCAUUUACAUGGGUUGGGCUCAUUAAUGUGGCAUCCCUCGCAGUAAUGUUUGAAAUGAGCUGUGAAUGACUGAAGGCACUUCUGAUGUUUGUGUUUUAUUUGCUGCCUUCAAGCCAUAACAAUCUGAUUAGGGAAAUCCGAUACACAUCCCGGAGCCUGCCUUUGAUUCAGGAUGCAGUGAUGAAGCUCAUACUUUGAAAAUAAACUCACUUGUCCCCCUGAAAGAAGUCAUCCAAAUAUUUUCACUCUGUUCCUGACAUGCAGAUGCAUACAGAUGAUGUGCAUCUUUACAUACUGACACGUAAAGGCCCAGGGACUUGUGUCCUGUUUGCUGUGAUAUGACCUGGAUGUACUGGGGGAAUGUACUUUGCAGUGCCACCAUAAAGUGAAUAAAAUUUUCUGCUUCUAUUCAAA